CUUGCACUGGCUAAAUUCUAUGAGAACGAGGGUGACGAUCGACUUAUUCAUCAUGAAUCACCAAUGUUUAAUAAUACUACUAAUUGCAAACCUGCAGUUCGCAGCUCUGGUACUUCCAGGAUAUCAUCCUUGAAAGACCUGAAGAAGGAUGAACAAAGUAACAGUUCAGCUGAUGAAGGUCAACGCUUUUAUGCAGGUGGUUCCGAACACAGUGGCCAGCAGAUAGUUGGACCGCCAAAGAAAAAGAAUCUAAAUGAAAUUGUGGAUGAUCUUUUUAAAGGAGCUAAAGAACAUGGAGCAGUUCCAGUCGAUCACUGGACAGGAGAGACAAACAGAGCUAUGCCAUUCACUGGUGGUGGAUACCGUCUGGGAGCAUCAUCACAUGAACAAUCUGAAUAUGUAUCACAAGAUAAAAAACAAGAUUCUAAUCUCGAUGUUCAAAUUUUGCUGAAACUAUGGAAAAACGGUUUCAGUCUAGAUGAUGGAGAACUGCGUACCUACACAGACGCUGCAAAUGCUGAAUUUUUGGAAUCCAUUAGCAGAGGGGAGAUUCCUAUUGAGCUCCAAAAAUUGGUUCAUGGCAAUCAAGUAAGUUUGGAUAUGGAGGAUCACAGAAGUGAAGAAUAUUUGAAACACAAAUUGAAGUUCAAGGCAUUUUCUGGAGAUGGACAGAAAUUGGGAAGCCCGACUCCAACCAUCGUUAGCACGCCAUCUUCUCCUGAGGAAGAGUUCAAAUAUUUUGUUAAUAUUGUGGAUAUAAAUGACUCUGAGCCAACUACCAACAUUCAGGUUCGUCUAGCAGAUGGAAGCCGUUUGGUGCAGAAAUUCAAUCAAACUCAUCGAAUUAGUGACAUUCGCCAAUUUAUCAUUCAACACCGCCCUACUUAUGCUACUUCCUCCUUUGUAUUGAUGACCACUUUCCCAAAUAAAGAGCUGACAGAUGAAGAGCAAACUCUGCUAGAGGCCAAGCUACUUAAUGCAGUGAUUGUUCAGCGCAUGAAGUAAUUUCACCUUUGCGGGACUGUACAGGGUAGAACAAGCUUGACAAAUUUUUCAGUAUACUGAAUUUGAAUGAUGUGUGUCAUAUGGUAAAAUUGCCAUGACGCUCACCUCAAACCAACUUUGCACAGGACGGAGGUAUAAAGGGAUUGUGGACCUGCAGCAGGAGGCUAUGCUCACUUUCCUAUGAAGGGCUUAUCAGAACACUUGUCUGUACAGUAAAGGCAAACAUUUAAUAUGUACACGUCUACUCAUUCUUAAAUGGGAAAUUCUAUGUCAUAUUAGUAACUGGAAACAUUCUACAGAAGUAACUGGAGCCUUCAGAUAACUGCUACAAACUUGAAACUUUGUUUCAACAACUACUACUGUAUUUGAGCUAGAUUCACUUGAAUUUUCAAAAAAAGCUAUUUUAAAUUGUGCAUCUGGAGAUUAAAAAUGCACUAGUUAAUACAGACAUAUUUAUGCAUGAUAUGACAAUAUUGAGUAUAAUAUUGUUGAUGUUUUAUGGGAUCUGUAAGAAGUGAUCAAAAUUUAUGUACUGUUGGUAAUCUCAAUUGUGGAAUAAAACAUUGUUAAUGUGUAUGGCAUAAAAUUAUAUUAUAGUGAAUGUUGCAUUAGUUGCCACUUGCAACUGUUUCCAUGAGAUGAAUAUUACUAGCCGUGUCAGGAACGUCUUCAAUUGAUAGGUUCUUUGAAUUGGCUGCAGCAACAAUGGCUGCAUGUUUCAUUGCUUCUAGAACCAGUUAAAAGUUUACUUUGAAAUUCAAUGAUGGCUCAAGACAUUGGAGUGCCUUCUGUUUUUCAAAAAUUUGAAACAGCCUAUUUGGCUAAGUUUGAGUUAUGUGUCUGUCAUAGGAUAUAGAUGUUAGUAUUCCGUUUGUUAAUUAAUUAUCUUCUAUUGUUUUAUUGCUGGUUGUGCAAUGAUUGUGACAAAGUUAGAAAUAAAAACGGUAGGUCUGAAUACUGCUAAAUACCUAAUUUAGACACAUCGAAGAAAGGGGGAAAAGUACCCAUUGUCAACUUAACAUAAAAUUAUUGGCUGCCAAAAAUCAUUUGGUGUUCAAAACCGUAAUUAAACCCAGAGCCCAUUCGAUAAAAUGGCUGUCACUGAUAAAUAAUGUGCUCCAUUGUACUGCUGCCAAGAAGAGUUGUCCUUUUGAUCUUGGAUAUUUCUUUGCCUCAGAUUGAUGUUGCCUCAGGACAGCUUGCUAUUUUAUUUUUACAAAUGUCUUCUACUUACUUCUAAACGCUGUCAGAAAAAUCUUUUAAGCAACUAUUUUGUGCCUUUCUUCCACGUUUCCUGUAGCAAUUUCUUUAAAAUUAAGGUGAAUUUUUGCCAUCAUUUUGAGUGCAAAUUUAAAAUGCAAGAAAAUUAAUAUUAUUCAGAAUUGAUUGGCUAGCCUGGUCUUAAUCUCAUGGUACUGGUUGGGUAUGUGGAUGGCAUAGGUUUUACAAGUAUAUCAAGAAUGGCCCUCACCGCCACCUUUUUGAGGGCAAUUAGGAAUGUGCAAUAAAUACUGACCUAGUCGGCAAUCACAUCCCAUGGACAAAUAUUUUAAAAAAAACAAGAUCUUUAUAGUUGGUAAAUGUGUGUCUUGUCCUUGCUUGGUAAUUUUUCAAAUGGGUGAGUUAUCACUAAAACAAAAAGUACGGAAAAACUUUACAUUUGGCUAUUGUACAUAGCUGAAACCCUGUAGAUAACAGACUGACUUUUUAUCAAAUCUUUUAUUUUCAUACUAACCCUUCCUUUAAGUUCUUAGUAGGAACUGCAAAUGUAGCUGUAGAACACUAUCAAUAGAUAAUGAAACUCCAGCCUUCACUUAAACACGUCGAAUUUUUGUUAAAAGAAGCCUGCAUUUUGUUUGUUAAAAUGGAACUUGCAAUGAAUAUCAAAUGUAUUAGCAAUUGUAACACUUGUCAGUUUACAUUAAUUUUCACUAAAGUUUUUUGAAGACAAUGUUGCAGCUCUGAAUCAAAUUAGUCUUAACAGUUACUUUACUAACCUCAUGGAAUGUUCCUUUGCACAGCAAUUAAAUACUUUCCUGCAAACAGA